GAUGACUGCACCCUGCAAUUGUCUCACAAUGGUACCUAUCUGGAUCUAGAAUCGACCCUAGCAGAACAAAGAGAUGAAUUGGAAGGCUUCCAGGAGGAUGCUGGGAGGGGCAAGAAGCACAGUAUCAUUCUGAGGACCCAGCUGUCGGUGCGAGUCCAUGCCUGCAUUGAAAAACUUUACAAUUCCAAUGGACGUGAGCUGAGACGGGCACUUUUCUCCUUGAAACAAAUAUUUCAGGAUGACAAGGACUUGGUUCAUGAGUUUGUUGUCGCUGAAGGUCUGACUUGCUUAAUCAAAGUGGGAGCAGAGGCCGACCAGAAUUAUCAGAACUACAUUCUGAGAGCUUUGGGCCAGAUUAUGCUCUAUGUCGAUGGUAUGAAUGGAGUAAUAAAUCAUAACGAAACCAUCCAAUGGCUGUACACACUUAUUGGGUCAAAGUUCCGCCUGGUGGUAAAGACAGCGCUGAAGCUGCUGCUGGUGUUCGUGGAGUAUACCGAAUCCAAUGCACCGCUUUUAAUCCAGGCAGUAUCUACCGUUGAUGAAAAGAGAGGAGCCAAGCCGUGGUCCAACAUCAUGGAGAUCCUGGAGGAGAAGGAUGGGGUUGAUACCGAACUACUGGUUUACGCAAUGACUUUGGUUAACAAGACGCUGUCGGGGUUGCCAGAUCAAGACUCUUUCUACGAUGUGGUGGACUGUCUGGAAGAGCUAGGCAUUGAAGCUAUUUCACAGAGACACUUGAACAAGAAAGGAACAGACUUGGACUUAGUUGAGCAAUUUAACAUUUAUGAGAUGACACUGAGACAUGAGGAUGGAGAUGAGAGUGCUGACCCCCCUCCCAGUGGGCGCAAGGACCGGAGAAGGGCCAGUCUUGGCGCUAGUGAGCGGAGGGGGUUAGAGCGCCGACGGAGCCGCAGGCACUCGGUACAGAACGUCAAAAGCACUUUAUCGGCCCCUGCGAGUCCAUGCGGUCAGUCGAACCCUAGCUUCGUGCUAGGCCACGGACAGCGCGUUGAAGAUCUUAGUGAGAGAGAAGAGGAAGAGUAUGAAGAAGAGGAAGAAGAACAGCCAGUCACAGAACCCAAUACUGAGGAUGAGGGGGAGGAAGAGGCCAGUAGGCAGGUCAACGCCAGUGGGGUCCCAGGUGCGUGGGAGGCUGUGAAUGAAAACCUGUCACGGUGUUUUGAUUCUUCAGCUGUCUCCAGUGCCAUUUCUCCAGCUGAGAGGCCUCUCUCCUGCUCUAGAGCAAAGAGCUUUUCUAGCAGCUCCUCUUCUGUGCCUGACUCAUCUGUCUCUCAUCAUAAUUCUGUCCUUUCAUCACCAUCUUCACCUGCAACAGCAUUGCUAAGCUCUUCCCAAAAUUCAUCAGCAUCCAUUACUCCAAAGGCAUCUCCAACAGUGGAGAAAUUACCUUAUGUACCACAUACUCCUUUUCACCUCUUCUCGUACGACUUUGAAGAGUCUCCAGCAUCUGUGAAAGAAAAGGAAGCAGAGGUGAUGAGGGAAAACAGAUACAAUAGCUACGGCAGCAGCUCUUACUCUUCCCCGCGAACUUACUCUGGUGUGAGUGCCCCAACAACACCCACUUCUCGUUAUGGGACAACUCUCUCGCCGCCUCAAGAGACCAAAUCUGACAGGCCAGCUUUGGGUGGUCUCCUUACAUCAUCUUUUCGGCAGCACCAGGAAUCCUUGGCAGCAGAAAGAGAAAGACGACGUCAGGAGAGAGAAGAAAGGUUGCAAAGGAUAGAACGUGAAGAAAGAAACAAAUUCAAAUACAAAUACUUGGAGAGAUUGGCAGCGGAGGAAUAUGAGAAGGAGCUGAGGAGUCGGAGCGUAAGCCGAGGCAGAAGUGAGCUGUCCUUGAACCUGAGAUCUCCUUCAGCCCCGUCCUCGCCUGUACCCAAGAGCAUCAGCCCAGCAUCCAUAGAGUCCCAGGAAGAGCUGAAGACCCCUUCCACCCCUUGUGGGACCCCUCAGCCCUCAGAAGUGAGUGCCAGUGAACCUGAACCAGAGACAGAACCAGAACCAGACCCAGAGCAGGAGGCUGAGGCUGAGGCCGAGCAGGGAACGGAGACACCCAAGGAAAUAGAGGCUACAGAGGUGGGACCAGAGAGUGAGGUGGAGCAAGGACCAGAGAGAGAGCCAGAAGAAAGUGCAAUACUCAGUGAAAAAGAGAGGCAGAAUGAGGAAGUGAAUGAAAAAGACAACUGCUCUGCAUCCAGCAUAUCCUCAGCAAGCAGCACUUUAGAGAGGGAAGAGAGAGAGGACAAGUUAACCAGUGACAAUGAAACUGGUCCGUGGUCGCAGACCAUUCAGGAUGCUGGUGUGAAUGAGCAGUGCAGCAACAUCCUCAACAACAAGCGGUUUAUGCUGGACAUGUUGUAUGCGCAUAACAAAAAGCCCAAGGAUGAAGAGGAGAAGGAGCUGGAGGCGAAGGAGGAAAAGAAGGAGACGGAGGAAAGCGAGGAGUCACUCACUAGCCUAGCCAGUAGGAUCUCCAUCCUUCAGGCCACGAAGCAGGCCAAAGAUGAAAGUGUCAAAAAGAUGGAGAUCGGAAAUCUGGACAACCAAGGCAGCGUGAAAGCCUUUGCGGAAAAAUUCAACAGUGGUGAGCUGGCCAAGGGGACAGCCGUGCCUGAAGAUGAAAUCAGUGAACAGGUCCCCGAGAAAACACCAGCACAGCCAAAGAAGGAAUCUGACUACAUCUGGGAUCAGCUCAUGGCUAAUCCUAGAGAACUUAAAAUCAAAGACAUGGAUUUUACAGACUUGGGGGAGGAGGAUGAUGUAGAUGUGUUGGACAUGGAUAUGGGUCCUGGGGACUCCCUUGUUCCCCCUCCUCCACCUCCACCUUCUUUUCUGGGUUUGCCUCCUCCGCCACCUCCCCCACUGUUUGGAUGUCCGCCUCCACCUCCACCCUCUGCUAAUUUAUUAGCUCCUCCUCCGCUGUUCAGCACUCCUCAGGGUUUAGGGUCACCCCAGGUUUCUAGGGGUCAGCCAGCAUUUAUAAAGAAGAAGAAAACCAUCCGUCUGUUUUGGAACGAGGUACGGCCAUUUGAGUGGCAGUGUAAAAACAACAAACGCUGCAGAGAAUUCCUGUGGUCAAAACUGGAACCCAUUAAGGUGGACACUUCCAAACUGGAGCAUCUCUUUGAGUCUAAAUCCAAGGAACUGCCUGUCACGAAGAAAACUGCUGCAGAUGGGAAGCGACAGGAGAUCAUUGUAUUGGACUCAAAACGAAGCAACGCUAUUAAUAUUGGCUUGACUGUGUUGCCCCCUCCCCGGACUAUCAAGACUGCUAUUUUGAACUUUGACGAAUAUGCCUUAAACAAGGAAGGAAUAGAGAAAAUCCUGACCAUGAUCCCAACCGAGGAGGAGAAGCAGAAGAUCCAGGAGGCGCAGCUGGCGAACCCCGAUGUCCCCCUGGGCAGCGCCGAGCAGUUCCUUCUCACCCUCUCCUCCAUCAGCGAACUCUCUGCCAGGCUCCAGCUCUGGGCUUUCAAGAUGGACUACGAGAUAGUGGAAAAGGAAGUUGCAGAACCACUUCUAGACCUGAAGGAAGGAAUGGACCAACUGGAGCACAAUAAAACUUUGGGAUUUAUCCUUUCUACUCUACUAGCCAUUGGGAACUUCCUGAAUGGAACCAACGCCAAAGCUUUUGAGUUGAGCUACCUCGAGAAGGUUCCAGAAGUCAAGGACACGGUGCACAAGCAGUCCCUCUUGCACCACGUCUGCACUAUGGUGGUGGAAAAGUUCCCAGACAGCACUGAUCUUUAUUCAGAGAUUGGGGCCAUCACUAGGUCAGCCAAGGUUGACUUUGAACAACUCCAGGAAAACUUGUGUCAGAUGGAAAGACGGUGCAAAGCAUCAUGGGAUCACCUUAAGUCUAUAGCAAAGCAUGAAAUGAAGCCAACUCUAAAGCAAAAAAUGUCUGAGUUCCUUAAAGACUGUGCAGAAAGAAUCAUAAUCCUGAAGAUUGUUCAUAGAAGAAUAAUUAACAGGUUUCACUCAUUUUUGUUAUUUAUGGGCCAUCCUCCCUAUGCAAUACGUGAAGUCAACAUCAAUAAGUUCUGCAAAAUUAUUAGCGAAUUUGCUCUGGAAUACCGCACCACCAGGGAACGAGUUUUGCAGCAAAAACAGAAACGAGCUAACCACAGGGAAAGAAACAAGACCAGAGGGAAAAUGAUAACAGAUUCUGGCAAGUUUUCCAGCACCUCUCCCCCCUGCCAGAGCCAGCCCCAGGGGCUGCAGUACGCCGAGGACGCUGCAGAGCACGAGAACAUGAAGGCCGUGCUGAAGACCUCCUCCAUCGGCGGGGAAAGCACCACAGCACUCGGGAUCCGCACUCGAAGCCGGGCCAGCCGAGGCCGUAUCAGUUCGUGGAACGCUGGCAACGAUGAUUCACCUAAUGCAACAGAUGACGCAGCAGAUGAGAUCAUGGAUCGCAUUGUAAAGUCCGCCACCCAAGUGCCAAGCCAGCGAGCGGUGCCUAGAGAGAGGAAGCGGUCACGAGCAAAUAGGAAGUCAUUGAGAAGGACACUAAAGAGUGGACUGACACCAGAAGAAGCCAAAGCACUGGGCCUCAUCAGCACCUCUGAGAUGCAGGUUUGACAUCCCAGAGGUGGUGACAAGAAGAGCCGUUCAUCUGAAGCACACAGGCUGACAACCCUUCGGUGUGGCAUUGACCUGCCAGCCUCCUCUGCUGCUCCCAACAUCCCGUCCUCUGUUAGUUCGAUUUUAACAAGCAACAAAAAGCGAAACCCCACAGCCAGGGCAGAAGCGUGUGCCGCAGCUCAGCACAACAUCUGGACAGUAACUGAGGAAGCGUUUGAGUGCUUGUAGGUGAAAGCAUAUGGCUGCUUCUUCUCGUGGUGUGUUGAUGUGGGUAGGAGGGGGCUUUCUCUGAGUUAUCUGUCAUUAUGUGAGCUGUGUUUACGCUGGCUUUCCUUGUGCCCUGUUUUCGUCAUUGUUAAUGUAUGGCAUUUUGUCAAUGCAAGGAACAGUCCUUAAAGAGAUAAAAUAACUCCUGUUACAGCAACCCCAAUUUUCCUGAAGCAGAUUCAUUAAGCAAAGAUGCACAGCCUGUGCAACCUGUGGUUCAUUGGGGUUUUUUUAUUGUUUUGCCACCAAAGAAUGUAAAAAUGUAUGUGUACCUUUGUAUAUGUACAGAAUGAAUGUGUGGACAUGUGUGCGUGUAUCUAUACACAUACAGUCAUGGCGUGAAAUCAUGCUCUUGCUGAAGCUAGCUGGACCAUGAUUUGCACUCUGGGGCCUUACUGUUCCACCUGGACAGGAGGAAAAGAAUGUCUUUU